ACCCAAAGCUUGAAUUUGAAGGCUAUGAGACUGGUUAAUGAAAUAAACUGGCCCCUUUAUCAGACUCUUGCUGUUGCACCUGAUGGAGAAUUGACUAUUUCUGGAAGUUUAUCUUCGAUUAACCUGAAGACCAUCAACAUCAUGGCUGAGAAUUUCAGGAUCUACCCUGAAGACCAUAUUACUUGGUUUGUUGAAAACUGCAGUGAUUUGGAAUUGUCGAAGACGCUCUUCUUUUUGAUGUUAUUUCAGGCUCUAGUGUUAAAACCAAGCAGUGAUGACUUUCCUGCAAUUUUUGAAAAUGUAUUUCCUAUGUUAAAGGCUGAGUGGGAAUCAUUAGUGUCUGCAGGCGAUUUUAUGUUGGAAGAGUUCAAUUCUGAAAUUCUGGACUGGGACUGCAGUUCAAUUCUAAAGUUCUUGGAUACUGAUCUCAAAUCUCUGAAUGCAAAACUUAUUGUUUGCAUAUUUUGGAAGUUGGUUGCUGCACUGAUGUUAGCAAUGCCGUCUGACAUUUUACGGGAUGAUAACGAUAAGUGGGUCAGCUGGACUAAGGAUCUGUUUGUAUGUUUUGCUGCCUCAAAAUUCAAGCAUGCUUUUCAUGAACAUCUCCGUUACUUGGUGGCUCAAUGCAAGAUAUCACCUCCCUGCCUCUUAUCCAAGUUUUUCACGGAGGAAGGUGUUCCUGUUGAAGUCCAAGUUGAAAGCCUUCGGUGCUUUGCAUUUCUUUGUAGCCUGUCACUAGAAAGAUGUCAAUUUGAACUUCUAGCUGAGUUUCCUUCAGUUCUGGUUCCAUUGGCUAGUGAUAACCAGGAUACAAGGAUUGCGGCCAUGAACUGCAUUGAUGGGCUAUGUGUAUUAUGGUCUCAUCUUGAACGUUCUGGAAGGAGAAAUGGGAGCAAUGCAACAUGGAGCCAUUUUCUGGGUGAACUUUUGGGGUUGAUAGAUCAGCAAAAAACACUAAUAUUGUCUGAUGAGAGAUUUCUUCCUUCAAUGUUUGCAUCUAUGCUGGGCUCAACCUGUCACAACAUCUUGGUACCCCAAAAUAUUGAGAACAGAUUUGAUCAGCCUACAAGGGAAAAAAUUCUUGGCUUCAUUUUGGGUUCUGCUUUGAAACUUUCAAACUAUGGCAAGCUGAAGAUUUUAUCCUUGCUCAAGGGAAUUGGAAAGGGCAUUGUGUGUGUUAAAGAAGUUGUGUCUCUGUUGUCCUUGCUCUUGCAUAGGCGGAAUCAGUGCUUUAAUGUGCUAGAUGAGUUCUCUCAGAAAUUGUCAAGCAUUGAAAUUGAAAUGCUAUGCCUAUUACUUGAAAGUUGUGUUAUGUCCUCUUCCUCGGGGGGAAAUGAUUUUGAAGGUCAUUUAUUGACAGCUUUGCGGUUGGAUUCUACUAGUUCUGGUCACCCUGCCUAUGUACAGCCCUGUUUAACCAUUCUAAGGAAACUAAGUCGUCAAUUCUAUGGGGGAUUGAAGAAUGAAGUAAAGGAGCAUUUGUUUCAUGAGCUUCUGUUUCUGUGCUGUAAUGCUAAUGGUGAAGUACAAAGUUCUGCCAGAGAGGCCAUAUUGCGCAUAGAUAUUAGUUUCUCAACAUUUGGCGACAUGCUUGAUAUCAUACUUGAAAGGGGAAGUUGCAUAAAUAUCUCAGAAUCCAAGAAGAAAAAGAAACUAAGUGUGCAUGCAGGGGAUAACAUAUUUAGAAGGGAGAAAUCUUUCUAUAUCCUUAGUUCUCUUCUUGAUGUUUUAUUAUUGAAGAAAGACAUAACGAAGAGGCAUAUGCUCAUAAGCCCCUUAUUUAAGCUUCUUAGUAGGAUUCUUUCUGAGGAGUGGUUGAAUGAUGCUCUUUUCCAGGAGAAGGGCUUGACCCAGCCUUCAUUAAGUGAGGCCAACCGUAAUGCCAUAUGUCAUGUUCAACAGACUUUGUUGAUAAUCCUUGAGGAUAUAAUCACAUCCCUUGGUAGCACUGCUCCGUUGAAGGAAAAUAUAACAAAUGAAAUUAACUUCAAUGUCCUGAUAGUGUGCGCCCAUUCUUCGAAGGAUGUAGUCACCCGUAACCAUGUAUUUUCUCUGCUUUCUGCUGUUGCGAAAGCUUUUCCUGAAGAAGUUUUUGGGCAUAUACUUGAUAUUGUUGCUGUUGUUGGAGAAUCAACUAUCACACAGAUUGACGGUCAUUCAAAGCAUGUUUUUGAGGAUCUUAUAUCUGCCAUUGUUCCUUGUUGGCUGUCUAAGACUGAAGAUGUUAAAGCAUUACUGAAGAUUUUCAUGGAUACGUUGCCCGAAGUUGUUGAGCAUAGAAGAUUGUCAACUGUAUUAUACUUGUUAAGAACUUUGGGUGAGGAUAAAAGCUUUGCUUCAUUGCUUGUCCUGCUUUUCCAUUCAUUAGUUUCAAGGGAACAAACUACUUUGCUUAAUAUCAAGGCUCUGGAUACAUUGACAUUUUAUACAAGAGAGUGGGAGUAUAAACUUGCGGUGCAGAUAUGUGAACAAUACACAAGUCCGACGUGGGUUCCUGCUUUAGUUAUGCUGCUUCAACAAUUGGGAAAUGAACCUCUAGAGUUGUUUCUUGCAAUGCAGUUUACUUUGCACAAAUUGCAAGAUCCAGAAUUUUUAUUCAAAAUGGAAUCAGGGGAGGAUGCAGAUAUCAUUCAGAAGGGACUUGGAGAGCUUAUGGAGCAGAUUGUUUUUCUCUUGCAACAUGUACUUUCAAAAAAGAAACAACUGAAGUUUCCUGUUCUUCUGAGAAAAGAGUUGAAAGAAGCUUUGCGUGCUGCUGGGAGAAAUAUAACCUUGGCCAUGAGACCAUCAGCGUACUUUAGCAGCAUAAUUAAGUUGCUUCGUCAUGAAGAUAAGGAUGUUGCUGAAAUGGCUCUUGGGCUUUUGUGUGAGACUGCAAGAAAUCAUAAAGUUGUUAGUUCAAAGAGUAAAGAAAAUAAAACUCGAUGUUCCAAUCCAUCUUUUCCUUGGCUUAAUAUGAACGAGAGUGAUCAAAAGUCAUUUGAUAAGAUGUGCUUGGAAAUUGUUCGGGUACUUGAUGAUCCAGCUGAGGGUUCAAGUACAUCGAUGAAAGUGGCAGCAGUGUCUGCAUUAGAAGUUUUGGCCAACAGCUUUCCUUCUAAUAAUUUAAUCUUCGUUCUGUGCCUUAGAUCCAUUGCAAGAUGCAUCAGUUGGUGCAACUUGGUUGUGGCCUCUAGUUGCCUUAGAACAACUGCUGCCUUGGUCAAUGUUGUAGGUCCAAAGGCUCUAGCAGAGCUUCCUCACUUAAUGGAAAAUAUGAUGAGGGUUUCUUCUGAACUGUUCUCUAAUUCAGAUACAAAACCCCAAAGUAUGGAGCCUGUUUCCCCAGUCUCUAAAGACUUGUAUUUGUUGUCUGUUCUCAUCACUCUGGAGGUAGUUGUGGACAAGCUUGGUGGAUUUCUAAACCCUUAUCUAUCAAGUAUAAUAGAUCUUCUGGUACUUCAUCCUGAAUAUGUUUCUGGAAGGGACACAAAGUUGCAAUCUAGAGCUAGUGGACUUCGCAAGCUCCUUGCGGAGAGAAUCCCUGUUCGACUUGCCCUGCCACCGUUAUUAAACGUUUACCCUGCUUCUCUUAAUGCUGGGGAUAAAAGCUUAGAAAUUAUGUUUGACAUGUUGGCAACCUUGGUUGGUACCAUGGACAGGCCAUCUAUUGUUGCUUUCCAUGGAAAGAUUUUUGACCUUUGCCUGCUUGCCCUUGAUAUUCGUCAUCAGAGUCCUGUUUCUGUCCAUAAUGUUGAUGCAGUAGAAAGAAGUGUGAUCAAUGCAAUGAUUGCUCUGACUAUGAAACUCACCGAGAGCAUGUUUAAACCUCUAUUCAUAAAGAGUAUUGAGUGGGCAGAAUCUGAUGUGGGUGAAGCUGCAUCUGUGGGUAGUACUGAUAGGGCGAUAUCCUUCUAUGGCAUGGUAAAUAAACUUGCAGAGAGCCAUCGGUCGUUGUUUGUUCCUUAUUUCAAACACUUGCUUGGUAGCUGUGUUCACCAUCUUGGCAAUGCCGGAGAUGUAAAACUUCUGAGUCGAAAGAACAAGAAGGCCAAGACUCAGGAUGAUGACAGCACAAAGGGAAGCAUUGUUUCUAUCAAAAGCUGGCAUCUUAGGAAGCUAGUCUUGUCGUGUUUACACAAAUGUUUUCUCUAUGAUACUGGAUCCACCAAGUUUCUUGACUCUUCAAACUUUCAGAUGCUAUUGAAACCCAUUGUUUCACAACUAGUCAUAGAACCACCCGCUUCGUUGGACGACACCCCGAGUGUGCAGGAAGUUGAUGACCUACUGGUUGUAUGCAUUGGACAAAUGGCCGUCACCGCUGGAAAUGACCUCUUGUGGAAACCCUUGAAUCAUGAGGUAUUGAUGCAGACACGGAGUGAGAAACUGCGAGCAAGAAUGUUGGGCCUGAGAAUAGUUAAAUAUCUAGUGGAGAAUCUGAAAGAAGAGUAUCUUGUUUUCUUGGCUGAAACAAUCCCCUUCCUUGGAGAAUUGCUCGAGGAUGUUGAGCCUUGUGUUAAAUCUCUUGCCCAGGAAAUUCUCAAGGAAAUGGAGUCCAUGAGUGGGGAAAGUCUUAGGCAAUACUUAUAAUGAUGUAAAUUAAGGUAGUUAAUACGAUGAUACUGAGAAAAUUUUGAGGAAGUUAGAGACGUCUCAUUAAAUUUGUGAUUUAGGUGAUUAUAUUAAUAGAAAUGUUCUUUUUUGUCAAUGAAAGCUUUUAUAUUUCCCUCCUUGGUA